AUGUCAUCUCAAUACCGGCCUCUGGAUCAUACACCUGAAGACAUGUUCAUGUCAGAGGUUGAUACAUCCUACGAUAAUGGCAAUCGGCUUUCGAUGGGAGAAUCUGGACAUCAACGCGGGAUCAGUGAAACAUCGGCCGGGGGGACGACAUCCAAGUUUAUUGAAAGACCGUCCAUCCGCCCAACUUCGUCUACGGACAGCAAGAAGGAUGGAGCAACUCCUCGGCGGACGUCUGCAGUAUUCGCCAUCUGGUGGAAAGAGUUCAUUGCAUGCUUCCUCGCUGUAGCGGCGGCUAUUGCAACAUUCGCAACACUAUACCCAUACCAAGGAAGGCCUCUCCCCCAAUGGCCGUAUCUGAUCACAGUCAACGCACUGCUUUCGGCAUACAUGGUGGUGUUGAAGGCUUCUGCAACGUUCCUGUUGGCGGAGGGGCUUGGACAACAAAAGUGGCUGUGGUUCGACGGGGCAGAGAAACCGUUGUACGACUUUGCUGUCCACGAUGAAGCAACAAGGGGUCCAUGGGGCGCGGUCAAGCUUUUGACAAGAACGUCACUAAAGCAUGUCUGGCACUGGCUUGGGUGCAUUCUCAUCCUCCUGGCGCUGUUCGUGGACCCGUUCACCCAGCAAGUCCUCCACUACAGUGACUGCAAUGUGCUGGAGGAGAGCGGAAUGGCAACGAUCCCACGCACCAACUUCUUCGCUGGGGGUGGCCCACACGCUGGUGCUGGGCUGAUCAGUAUCACCUCGGACGAGCAGGCUUCCAUCAACGCUGGCAUGUCGGCUCCAGGCGGUCAUGUUGAUGUGCAGUGUACCUCUGGCAACUGCACAUACCCACCCUUCAGCACGAUCGGCUACUGCAGCGCCUGUCAAGAUAUCUCCGACGCCAUCCAGAUCGAAUGGCUCAACUACACUGAUAUAAAUAACAUGAGCUUCCUGGGAAUUAUAUCUUACAUUCCGGAUGGAGCAUCUGUGUCGUAUGUGCGGGGACCGCAAAGCAAUUUCUCGACCAUGAGUAUCCUGUCGGAUAACACGUUCCAGUAUCUCGUCGGGUUGCCCACCAAUGGCUCUGCUGGGCAAUCUGCCGCUCAUCCCAUCGACCCCGUCACCGAGCAGCCUCCAACAGGAUGCAAUGAUGCUGCCACGAACGGUACCUGGCGCUGUAUAGGAACUGGGGCCGCCAAUUGCACGCUCUAUCCCUGCAUACGGACAUACAACGCCUCGGUGCGUAAUGCAGCUCUUCGCGAAGACCUACUCAAAGAGACGCCUCAACUACCCUUCAUCUUCGGCAAUGACGAAAGCGUCCAAUACUUCUCCACACUCAACGCAUCGUGCUUGACAGACACCGAGAGGGACUCACUGCAGAAGAGAGGCUACACCAUCAACUCCACGACCGACUGGAUCCCGUACAACAUAACCUUCAGUCCCAUCUCCAACCAGCCCCAAUCAGCCACAAACAACUCCACCGAAAUCCUAAACUUCGAAACCACCCUGAAGCAACGAGGCUGUCUCUUCUCGACCGAAGUCGCCUUCGUCGAAAGCCUGACCUACGACUACUUCGACUACGCCUGGGCCGGCAACCUGACAGGUGUCUGGAACAUGGCAUCCCACGGCGUCGCCCUCUUCGAAGGACCGCAGAUGCUGCAGUCGCUGUACAACUACGGCCAGUUCAGCUUCGAGCGGACGCAGUCCAUGUUCCGCAACAUCUCCGAGUCGAUGACGAAUCACAUGCGCACGACACCCGGGUUCGAGGGACCGGAUUUGUUCAGUCAGGGCGCGGCGGCUGUCGGCGAAGUCUAUUAG